AUACUCACUUUACACUGGCACUCUUAACAGGAACAGCAUUCCUGUCAUUCAGGAUACACAGUAUUCCGGACAUCAUGCCUCUGGGAUCUAGCUGUAGGAAACUUUGAGGGGGAGUGUUCAAAGGUGGAGCUUAAAUCUAAGCUUGUGGGACAGGACCUUAAGAUAGCACACGAGUAUUGAGCAGAGGUGCAUGUUUGAUGGUUCAAUUUUCUCCUACUCCAGUGGGAAAUGCUUUCACAAUGGAUCGGAUUUGAUCACAACACAAGGACUUCAAGUUAAUGUGUGUGUGUGUGUGUGUGCUGGAGGACUCUUGAGUGAAGUUGGUAUUAAACAGAGUUCAUGAGAAUGUUGCCUGGAGUUUAUCUGAUCUGAUACCAGAUUGAAGAGGACGUGCUUUCAGUGCUGCUGAGAUAUCUGGUUGUUGGUGGGCUUGAGAGGGGGGAAACUACUGCUAUGGCAGGGGUCACGAGGAAGGGAUCUGGGAGACCCUCGUACUACUACAGAUUCCUGGGCAAGUCUCGACUGCAGCGUCAGCGAAGCCGGUCCCGCAGCCGCACCAGGCCAUCUGUCAGCAGGGAGUCUCCUCCAGAGAGGACAGGACGCCGACGCAGCAUGCCAGGCAGUUCCUCAGACAAGAGUACACCCACCAUGGAGGCUACGUCCACUGCCGCCACGCCUUUCAGAGUCACCGGCUUCCUCAGUCGCCGGCUGAAGGGCUCGAUAAAACGCACAAAGAGUCAACCCAAACUGGACCGCAACUCCAGCUUCAGACACAUCCUGCCUGGCUUCAGGAGCGUUGACAAUGACAGAUCGCAUCUGAUGCCAAGGCUGAAGGAGUCUCGCUCCCAUGAGUCAUUGCUCAGCCCCAGUAGCGCUGUGGAAGCCCUGGACCUAAGCAUGGAGGACGAGGUCGUCAUCAAGCCUGUUCACAGCAGCAUCCUCGGGCAGGACUACUGCUUUGAGGUCACCACCUCCACAGGAACCAAAUGCUUUUCCUGCCGAUCGUCCGCCGAGAGAGACAAAUGGAUGGAGAAUCUGAGGAGAGCGGUGCAACCCAACAAGGACAACAGUCGUCGGGUGGAGAACCUGUUAAGGCUGUGGAUCAUCGAGGCGAAGGACCUGCCCGCCAAAAAGAAAUACUUCUGUGAGCUUUGUCUCGAUGACUCUCUCUACGCCCGCACCACCUGCAAACUCAAGACUGACAAUGUGUUCUGGGGUGAGCACUUUGAGUUCAACAACCUGCCAGCUGUCAAGAGCAUCACAGCCCACCUGUACAAAGACACAGACAAGAAGAAAAAGAAAGAUAAAAAUAAUUACAUUGGACUUGUCAAUAUCCCCAUCGUGGCGGUCACCGGGCGACAGUUUAUGGAGAAGUGGUAUCAGGUCAGCCUGCCAAACCCACCUAAGGGAAAGACAUCCGGGCCUAUGAUCAGGAUCAAGGCACGCUAUCAGAGUAUGAACAUCCUUCCCAUGGAGAUGUACAAGGAGUUUGCAGAGUACACCACCAACAACUACAUGCAGCUAUGCUCCGUGCUCGAGCCCGGGAUUAGCGUGAAGAACAAGGAGGAGAUGGCAUGUGCGCUGGUGCACAUCCUGCAGAGCACCGGCAAGGCUAAGGACUUCCUCACUGACUUGAUGAUGUCGGAGGUGGAUCGCUGUGGGGAGAACGAGCACCUCAUCUUCAGAGAAAACACACUCGCGACAAAGGCCAUAGAGGAGUACCUGAAACUGGUGGGACAGAAGUACCUGCAGGACGCCCUCGGUGAGUUUAUCAAGGCUCUGUAUGAGUCAGAUGAGAACUGUGAGGUGGAUCCGUCCAGAUGUUCCUCAGGUGACCUGCAGGAGCACCAGAGUAACCUGAAGAUGUGCUGCGAGCUGGCUUUCUGCAAAAUCAUCAACUCAUACUGUGUAUUUCCAAGGGAACUGAAAGAGGUUUUUGCGUCGUGGCGUCAGGAAUGCAGCAACAGGGGUCGACCGGACAUCAGCGAGCGUCUGAUCAGCGCCUCCUUGUUCCUGCGGUUCCUCUGUCCAGCCAUCAUGUCCCCCUCGCUUUUCAAUCUGAUGCAGGAAUAUCCGGAUGACCGCACAGCACGCACGCUCACACUCAUCGCUAAAGUCACACAAAACCUGGCCAACUUCACCAAAUUUGGUAACAAGGAAGAGUACAUGUCCUUCAUGAACCAGUUCCUGGAGCACGAGUGGACCAACAUGCAGCGCUUCCUGCUGGAAAUCUCAAACCCAGAGACAAUCUCCAACACGGCGGGCUUCGAGGGGUACAUAGACCUCGGCAGGGAGCUCUCCACCCUGCACUCCCUCCUCUCUGAGGUGGUGUUCCAGAUGGACCAGAGCGCUGCCUCCAAGCUGGGUCCUCUGCCCAUCCUGCGGGAGGUCAACACGGCUCUGUCCAACCCGUCCUGCGUCCAGAUGACACCCGGACCCUCCUCAGAGCUCACAGGAUCGCCCCCAGCUGAGGCCGGCUGCAGCAUCUCCACCGGCCUGCAGAAGAUGGUCAUAGACAACGAGCUUUCAGGAUUAGUAGACUUCACCCGGUUACCCUCCCACCCCGAGAAUAAGGACCUCUUCUUUGUUACAAGGAGCUCAGGGAUCCAGCCCUCCCCAGCACGCAGCUCCAGCUACUCCGAGACCAAUGAACCCGACCUGGGCAUGGCCAACGGCAGCAAGAGCCUGUCCAUGGUGGACCUCCAGGACCCCCGCAGUCUGGACGGGGGCCCUGGUCCCAGCUCCUCGGAGGCCCUGGGUGAAGGUGUAAGCUCUGUCGGGGUGUGGUCAGCCAGAGUUCCACAAGGCAAUAUCCCGGGGGGUCCAACUCUGAGGAGGUCAGGCCAGACCCCCCCCACCCUGGCGACAGAGAGCACCCCAGGCCGACCCGCCCAGCUGCUAGCCCCCCUUUCGUUCCAGAACCCGGUGUACCAGAUGGCGGCCUGCCUACCUGUGUCCCCCCGCGGGAUGAACGACUCGGGGUCAGAGUGCCAAAGCUCUGUUAGUUCCCAUAGCAACAACGAGGAUGGACCGGCGGGUGGGAAGCUCUCCUUCUUGAACCACGGUGGAGGAGGCGGGGGGAGCAGCGGGGACGAGUACACCCGGCGUUCGGGGGAGUUUAACCGCCGACAGCUGUCCCUCACAGAGCAGCAGCACCAGCCCACCGUCCCCAGACAGAACAGCGCCGGCCCCCAGCGGAGGAUAGAUCAGCCCCCGCCUCAGAACAUCACUCGGGGCCGCACACCCCCUAAUCUCCUCAACAGCGGACCGUACCCCCGGCCCUCCUCUGGAAACAUGAUGACCAAUUCGCCCGACUGGCCUGGCAGCGGCGCACGGUUACGGCAGCAGUCCUCCUCCUCUAAAGGGGACAGUCCGGAGACCAAGCAGAGGGGGCCACACAAACAGGCCCCCUCCCCAGUGAACCCCAGUGCGCUGGACCGCACAGCAGCCUGGCUUUUGAAUAUGAAUGUGCAGUUUUUAGACCAUGAGGGGAUGGAGCCCGAGUCACUGAGAAACAGAGAGGAUCUGACUCAGGUGGAGAAGUACCAGCAGGAGAUCAUGGUGCUGCAGGAGAAGCUGCGGGCGUCGGUGCAGAAGCUGGAGGAGUACGAGGCCCGUCUGAAGGGUCAAGACGAACAGGCCCAGAAGGUUCUGAUGGAGUACCAGGCCCGGCUGGAGGAGUCGGAGGAGCGGCUGCGCAGACAGCAGGACGACAAGGACCUCCAGAUGAAGGGCAUCAUCAGCAGGUUAAUGUCAGUGGAAGAGGAGCUGAAGAAGGAUCAUUCAGACAUGCAGGCUGUGGUGGACUCUAAACAGAAGAUCAUCGACGCACAGGAGAAGCGCAUAGCAUCGUUGGAUGCAGCCAACGCCCGUCUGAUGAGCGCUCUCACGCAGCUGAAGGAGCGCUACAGCAUGCAGACCCGCAAUGGCAUCUCCCCCACCAACCCCACCAAACUGCAGAUCACUGAGAACGGAGAGUUCCGGAACAGCAGCAACUGUUAGAGACUUCAUCUGCCCUGUGCGAGUGCCUGCGUGUGUGUACAGUUAUUCAGAGAGAGGACGUCUGCAUGCAUGCAUCUGGCUGCAUGCCGGUUUGAAAGACUGCAAGGGUGUAUGUGUUUUUAGAAAGCAUAUUACUUUUGGAGGACAUUUCAGCUUUUUGGAGAGGGCGCCAAGUAACGGACAGAUCCCUCAAGAGUACAAGAUCACCAGACGGCCUUCGUCACGAGGGGCGGGCAGAGGAGGCGGGCCGAGUUUGUACAUAUAAAACUCAAAGCUGUCCAUCUGUCGAACACUUCUCCAGAGGAUGUAAGGGACAUUCAAGACCCUGCCUACGCGUAGGACGAACCACUAUUUAACCACUCACAGUGACGACCGCCUCUCACGGUCACCUUUGCAGCCCUCCUCUCUUUCUCUUUUUCCCUCUUGAGAACCGAGUGGACCCAGUUAAAAAACAAUGACACGCAUUGAGGUUUAUGGUUGUCUGGAGAGGAUUAUCUUCCAGUCAAAGUCAUUGUUUAUGAAGAACCAAAUAGGUGCGCAGAAAAAGAUAGAUAUUUUUAGUCAAAAAAAUUAUCUCUAUGUCCCUUUUCUCUCUCCUGGGUGUGUUCCUGAGUGCCCCCCCCUCCCCCCUCCCGCAUCCCCAUGUAGUGCACUUUGUGAGAAGCUAUUGGUACAUGAACCGCCUUAAGUAAGGAACACACCUCGACUUUAUCCCACAGCUCCCCGAUUUCUGCAAAAAAGGCACAACUUCUACUGUGGCAAGGGAUACGUGUACACACAUAAAUGUAUUAUGAAGAGUAAAGUAAAUGAAAUCUAUGUGAUAUGCUAUAUUGAUGAGAUUUAAUAUAGAUGUAUGCAUUUCUUUUCUUCUAUAGAGUAUACACACAUAUCUAUAUUUGAUAAUCUCAAAUAUAAAAGCAGCCCUUUAUUUAGGAGUGAGAUCUAGUUUUAUUUUUCUUCUCUUGCGAUGAAAGACUCUAGUGUGUAGCGUGCUGCAGAGCCCGGGAGGAGACGAUCACACCGAGCAGUGAUCAGCACCAUCGCCUCAGUCCCCCCCCCCUCAUUAACCCUUUUUGCAUUGGAGAGAAAUGUCUGUACAGUUAGCUUGCACAGUCAUGUGAUCGGUUUCUUCUUCUGGUGCUCAUCAUUGCUCUUCGAUCAGUUCAAAACCCAAUUUAGAUUUUUUGGUUUGAGUCACACGUGUGGUCCUCUCACUCUAGUAGCACAAGAGCUAUUGAGAGCGGGUGAAGACACACUCACUCAGUGUUUCCGUUAGAGAUAAUUAGUGCCGGCCCUAGAACAUCUCAAUGUCCUGGACAAGUGGGAGAACUUCUGAUCAAAUAUUAUUGGUGCAGCUUCAUCUGCAGGCUAUAUAAAGAACCACAUCAUGUUUUCCGUUUCGUGGAGUGGCCGCUACAUUUCCACAACAAUCAAAGGCGUGAGAGCAGCGCCUGUGGUGGAUAUACGUCACAAGGAUCCACAAACAUCUGUUUAUAUAUUUUAUGGGAGGUAUGCCUCUUUUGCAUAGAAUGGAUCAUACAAUGUCUAUUUAUUUUUUUUAUGAACUGACUUAAUUGUAUUCAUUUCACCAGGACCAUUUGGCCUAGUAAUUGUAUUCCUUACAUAGCUAACCCUGUAGACUUGUACUUACCCAUAAAAGAAGAACUCAGUGAAAAAGAAGGAAGAAGGACAUCCCAAACAAAACCACAGCUCACCGCCAGUAAAAUGAUACAAUCAGCGGCACAUUCUGCUUCAAUGUAGCCACACCUAAUAUUUGGACCGGAGAGAUUUAAAUACGGAACAGAUAACGGAAACCCUGCUCUCUCGUACUAUACACUGGACUGGUGAGCCGUUGUCGCAAUGGCUUCCUUUGUUUCAACAUUUGAUCUCUAACUGCUUUUCUUGUCAGUGGUAAUGAUGUGUGCUGCAUCCAAACUGUGAUUAUUAAUCCUAGUGACAUCAUUUCGCCUCUUCAUCCAUUUUUCUUAGUCGCUUUCACCUUUUUCAUCCCUUGUUCUUCUGAAUGUGAAGAUGCUAACUCAUAGGUGGUCUUAACGUGGGGUUUGGUCCAUCUUAUCUCUCCGCAUUUGCUCUCAUUGCUCCCAUGCAUCUGUAUUUUGUAUAUUUUUGUAUUCAUUUUUUCUUACCUGUAACAGACUGUAAACAUCCAGUGUGAGGCUCCGCAUGCUUCAUCCUCGCUCUGGAGCCAAUGGUAGCUUCACCGUUUGUUUUUGUUUUUUGUUGCCAAUUUGAAGGUGAUGACGACAAUGAUGAAUGCUUUGCUGCAGACAUAUAUACAGCAAAUAUAUGAUAACCGAGUGCAUCAUGAGGCUGGACAGCCUGGGAACGUGUAAAUAAAAUGCACACACUAUUUUUACCUAAUGUUAACAGAGCUUUUUGUAAAUGUAUCUUGUGCUCAAACUCUGCUGUAUCUUUAUGGAUAUUGUAAAUACCAAAUAGCUCAAUCGGUCAUCUGUCCUCAUGGGGUAGAACUAUACAAUUUAAAUAACCUUUCCGUGUUUACUCCCUGUUAGAGCUAUUGUUUUUGUAUUUAGAGUGUAAUGUCACUAGCCAAAAAAACUGAUUAAGUAGCAGUUAGACUCUUGGGAAGUAUUGGAAAUUUCCACCCAAUCCCGUUAUUUCUCAUCAGUCUAGCUCAAUGCACUUUUAUCCUCGGUGGUUGGUGUUUCUUUUAGCUUUUUAGCUUCUUGUUUUUUUUUUUUUUUUGCAAAUUACCCAUUUUGGUUGUUUAAAAAGUGGCAUAUUUCAAAACCUAAGAAAGGGAUUUUUUCUAUAGAUCAUUCACAAACCUUUCUAUCAGACAGGAGAAUUCUCAUAGCGAAAACAAACGUACCUGGCAUUCAGUCCUUAAACAAUACUUACUGCAGAGAUUAAAGCAAGACUAAGUUACUUUUGACCAACAAAUAAUACUUUAUUACAAAUAAUUCGAGAUCAAUUUGCUAUAAAAGGCAUAUUCAAUAUUCAGUUCACUGACUGUUUGUGCUACUGUUACCAAUGCUUAGCAUUUUAGCUAAAUGCUAAACUAAACACAUGGAAACAGUGAUGCUAGCGUUACAGCUUUGCAUCGUCUGGUAUGACAAAUGACUUUCGGUUGCCAAUAUUAGCAAAUUUCAGGUCAUUUCUGCUUUAUAAGGCAGUUAUUAAAUUCAGUAACUAUAAGGGCAUUUUAGCUAAAUGCCAAGCUGUUGUUUUUUUAACUAUGGUUUAGCAUUUAGCUGAAUCAUAGGAUUUGCAUUACGCAGAGGCGGUUGUUUAUCAAAUUUGACAUAGUCUUACCUAAAAUCUCAGUUUACAUCUAUAUAAUUUAACUGAUAUACUUUGUACUACUUUGUGUUGUUAAUUGUACGUCUCAUCAAUCAGUUAAUUUAUCCCAUCCAUGUUCUCAUCCAAGUUUUUAGGAGUAGGAAAACCACAAGCUCUCUCGUCACACAUUUCAUCCAGUCAGACAAAAGAUCUAUUAAAAAUAUAAAGCUAUAAAUAAAGUAAAAGAUGUUGUAAGUUUUCUAUUAUCUUGUAGAAAAUACUUUUGUAAGUAUGUUGAAAGUAUAAAGUAUUUGCUGGAUUCUGCUUCCUUUGACGACAGUGACAAAACAAUAAUGUACAGAGGAAUUUGUGUUGACAAAAUGUGGCUGUGCAAUUUAUGUACAUUUGCAACUAGACCUAUUAAAGUUUUAUUUAGCUAUUUUAAAA